AUGGCGCCGCUCGCCUCGUCAAGGCCAAAUGGCCCAAUCAAGUCGGAACGUAAUCGAGCAGCAGCAGCGGCUGGUGGGUCCUCCUCUGCCGGUCCAGCAUCAUCGAACAGCUCGGCCUUCCACAAGAAACGUGCUCAGGGCAAGGGCAUUUAUGGCAACAACCCUAACGCCUCCGGAAGCGGUUGCGAGCCUAGGCCUUACCACAGAAGCCACUCUGCAGGGCGCAACAGUGGACAGCAUGCGGUGACAGAGCGACAGAGUAUAGCUUCGUGCAAGAAACCGCCUCAGCCGCAAGCCGUCAAGAACGGCGAAGAAGGCAGGAAUUCAGCAGACCAUGCUGACGAGGGCGAAGACGAAGACAACGACCAGGAUGAAGGAGAGGAAGACAAGGCCAUUCACUCGAAGACUAACCUCUCACUUUCGGGACAUCAACUACCACCGCUUGCUGCAUUAGUCGACACGCUCUCUCAAUUCUGCUAUUUACAGCGACUCGACCUGUCCUCUGUUCAGCCUUCCGAUGCAUCCCCUGAUGGUCUCAUCAGCCUCUCAUGGCUCGCCAAGGCUGUCUUUCGCAGCAAAGCCUAUGCCAAAGGCAAAGCACGAGCUUUCGGUGACAACCUGACGUGGCUCAACCUCUCCACCAACCCCAACCUGACCUCUGAAGCAUGUAUCGGCCUCGAAGCACUUGAAGAGCUGUGCGUACUCACGCUCUCGCACUGCGCACUAACCUCCAUUCCACCCUCAAUCAACCCUCUGCGCAACCUCAAGGCGCUAGUGCUGAACAACAACACCAUCAGGAGUCUACCUAAGUCCUUCCCGCAUCUACCGGAGCUCAAUUCAUUGAUUCUGUCGCACAACGAGCUCACCUCCCUCCCCGCUUCAUUACCCGCUUCUUUGCCAGCGCUGAAGAAACUCUCGUUGGGUCACAACAAGCUGAGCGGCAGUGAAAGCUUGCCAGACUUUUCGCUUUGUCUCGCUUUGCGAGAAGUGAGGUUGAACGACAAUCCUGAGCUGAAAGCUUUACCCAGCCACGUUAGGAAUUGGGGUAAAGGUGCGGAUGGAAAGACGGCGCCAGGGCUGGAGCUGUUGGAGCUGAAGGAUUGCGGACUUGGCACCUGGGAGUCUUUGUCAACGCUGGUCGAGGCGGAUAGCGAGAAAGAGCAGCAGCCAAGGUUGAGACGAAAAGGACUGACGCAGUUGCUACUGAAGGGGAAUGGGGUAGCGCAGAAAGAGGGAUACAAGGAAAGGAUUCUUCAGGUGCAUCCGACGCUCAGAGUGCUGGACAAUGAAAGGCUGCAACCUCGAGUCAAGCCAACAGCUGAGGAGGCGGAGGGAGUGAAGGCAUCGAAGACGGCCAAGAUGGAGAGCAAGAAAGGCAAGAGAAAACAAGACAGUAAGCUGCAGCAGCGUGCUCAAAAGAUGCAGCGAGACGCGGAAGAAGAGAAUGAUAGCGAGGUCGACGAUGACGAUGAUGCCGCGCAGAUGGCUGCCGAGAUGCGUGCUCUGCGCCGCGGCAAGCCUGCUCCAGCGCAGGAGCAAAGCCGUCAAGAAAAGCCGGAGGAUGAUGACGACGACGAAGCUGCUCGAAUGGCUGCUCAAAUGCGCGCUCUUCGUCGUGGUCAGGCACCUCUAGCUUCAAGCAAGAGAGACGCCCCGAAGUCCAAGCACAGCAACAAGCCCCAGCAAAAGGACGACUUGAAGCACAGCGACAGAGCCACUGCCAAAGAUAAGAAGGGCAAACCCGACAGCAAUCCUCAAGCUGGCUCAAAGAGAACUCAGCAAUCUGCGCGACCCUCGGAAGAGGAUGGCUCCAAACCGAAACACAAGCGCGGCACACGCGCGGGCAAGAAGGUCAAGAAGUCCGAUCCCAGCGACGCUAACACCUCCAAAGAAUUGCCACAGAAGGAAAACAGAGAAAAGUCCACUGGUUUCUUCGAAGAAGUUGAUGCAGUAGCUGAAAAGGCACGGCUUGCACCUAUCUACGAACUGUCCAAGAAGCGUGCCAAGAUCGCCUCUGGUCGAACAGAGGUCGCAGAAGGCGUGUUAGAGGAUGCUACGGCUACAUUAUCGAAAGCGAGACAGAAGGAGAGCAAGGCUAGGAUGGAGUUGGAUACGUACGACGAUUCGACCCCUGUCGCUUACAAUACUGCCAAGGUGAAAGGAAAACAAGGAAAUGGUAAGAAGGGUGAGAAUGACAAUGAGAAGACAACACCAGUCAACACGAGUGUUGCGGGCAUUGUUGACCUGCGUAAAGGACAGCAGAAGGGCAAGAAGAGGAAAGCCGGUGAAGGCGAUGCAGAGAGGGGCAAGAAGAAGCCAAGAUCCAGUCUGCCAUUUGCUCCAACGAACGCGGCUCUAGGAGAAGGUGCGUUUGGGGCUGGUGCUGAUGGUUGGGGCGAUGCUGGUGCUUGGUCGUAG